AGGUGUUUACAACCGGGCUGCCUGUAGAACCAGUCCCUUCCUCAGUCUGUCUCUCUGAGCAGUCAUGUCAGAAAUCAAGAUGUGGUCCUUUUGGAGGGCCGUCAUGGCCGAGCUCCUGGGUAUGACCAUGUUUGUCUUCAUCGGCCUGUCAGCCGCAAUCGGGGGCAAAAACAACACUUACCCAGACCAGGAGCUCAAAGUAGCUUUAGCGUUCGGCCUUGCUGUUGCCACCUUAGCUCAGUGUUUAGGUCACAUUAGCGGCGCUCAUCUGAAUCCUGCCAUCAGCCUGGGCAUGCUUGCGAACUGCCAGAUGAGCGUCCUCAGAGCAGUUUUCUACAUGCUCGCUCAGAUGUUGGGAGCAGUAGCAGGCAGUGCCAUUGUGUACGGUAUCGGGCCCAAAACCACGGAUUCACUUGGUGUUAACAAGCUCAAUGGAAUCACCCCAGGUCAAGGAUUCGUUGUAGAAUUCCUGCUCACGCUCCAGCUCGUCCUCUGUGUUCUUGCAGUCACCGACAAAAGACGAGAUGUGAAUGGAUUUGCACCCCUGGCCAUCGGACUGUCCGUUGGGCUGGGACACCUUGCCGGAAUCAGCUACACAGGAUGCGGAAUCAACCCAGCUCGAUCGUUUGGGCCUGCGGUCAUACAGGAGUCUUUUGAAGACCAUUGGGUGUACUGGGCGGGACCGAUGACGGCUGGAGCAGUGGCGACUCUUCUGUAUGAUGUUCUGCUUGCACCCAGAGAUGAGCCUUUCAGAGAACGAACAAGAGUCCUGUUCUGCUGUGGCUCCAUACUGGAAAGUGAAAUUCGUGAGCCACUCCUUGAGGAUGUUAAAGACUGGUAAAAAAAAAAAAAAAAAAA